CCAUAUACAGGCUCAAACAUGGGGAAAAAGCAGCAUCAAAAAGAUAAAUUGUACAUAACGAAUAAAGAAUGGAGGGAAGAGUGGGGAGGUAAAAAGCAAGAAGUUGGACAAAAGUCAUCAUUUAGAAGACUUCCUUUCUAUUGCUGUAGUCUCUCUUUGCAGCCAUUUGAAAAUCCACUAUGCACGAGAGAUGGCGUAAUUUUUGACUUGCUAAAUAUUGUUCCUUACCUCAAGAAACAUAAAUGUAGUCCAGUAACAGGAGAGCCUUUAGAACUCAAAGAUUUGACUCGAUUAACAUUCCACAAAAAUGCAGAUGAUAAAUAUCACUGCCCUGUAACAUAUAAAGUCUUCAAUGCAAAUACCAAUAUUGUAGCCAUAAAAACAACUGGAAAUGUCUACUGUUUAGAUGCAGUGGAAGAGCUUAAUCUGAAAGCUAAAAACAUGAGAGAUUUAUUGACAGAUGCACCAUUCACAAGGAAAGAUAUCAUAACUUUACAGGAUCCCAGUAAUUUAGAUAAAUUCAAUUUCUCAACAUUUCAUCACCUCAAAAAGAAUCUCAAGGCUGAUAAUGAUGACGAAAAAGCAAUGAAAGACCCAAAAUACUAUCUAAACAAAGCUAAUAAGGAGACAGAAAGUGUCUUGGACGAACUGAAGAAAACCUAUAAGGAGCCAGAAAAGAAAAAAGAAGAAGGAAAAGAACUGAUAACAGAUCGCAAUGCUGCACAUUUUUCCACUGGUGCAGUUGCUCAGUCAUUUACAUCCACAGCAAGAGAAAGGGUCACAGUGCAAGAAACUGCUGUUGUGGAAAAAGAUGUCGUGCGAUACAGGGAAGUGAAGAAGAAAGGCUAUAUUAGACUACAGACCAAUCUUGGUGAUUUGAAUUUAGAACUACAUUGUGACAUGGUGCCAAAGACGUGUGAGAACUUUAUCAAGCUUUGUUCACGUGGCUACUACGAUAAUACAAUCUUCCACAGAUCCAUCAAGCAUUUCAUGAUUCAGGGGGGUGAUCCUACUGGAACUGGCAAAGGUGGUGAAUCAGCGUGGGGACCAGCUUUCAAAGAUGAAUUCAGACCUAACUUAGUGCACCAAGGCCGAGGCGUUUUAAGUAUGGCAAACUCGGGAACCAACACCAAUAAAUCUCAAUUUUUUAUCACGUUUCGUUCUUGUCGACAUUUGGAUCAAAAACACAGUGUGUUUGGCAAGCUUGUUGGAGGAAUGGAGACUUUAGAUGCAAUGGAAAGAAUAGAAAGAGAUGAAAAAGACCGGCCAAAGGAAACAAUAAAGAUACUAAAGACAAUGGUUUUCACCGAUCCUUUUUCAGAGGUUGAUGCAGUGCUGGAGGAAGAGAAGCAAAGAGCGGCUGAACAAGAAAGACAAAAAAAAAGGAAGAGGAUGACAAGGCUAGAAAAAGGGCAGCAGCGGAGGCAGGUCCAACAAUACACCGCCCUGGAUCAGCAGUUGGAAAGUAUAUUCCCAAGAACAUCGGAAAGUCCAUUCAAGACAUUGAUCCAUCGAUGCAGCCUUCAAAGAAAAAGAUCAAAUCGAGUGGAUUUAGUGAUUUUAGUUCGUGGUGAUAACUUUUGUCAAAUAAUGAUAGUUCCCGAUAAAAUCCUUCGUCCCUCGAUGGGUGUCGCUAAUAGAAUAACACACAGUUCUCAUUCAACACUAAGCUUGUCGACAAUAAACAUUAACUUCAUCAAGCUAUCUGUUUUCACACUAUACCAUUUAUUAGCCGAGGUAUUUUAUAGGGGGUCUAGAAGAGAAAUGUUAUUCACUAACUCCUUAGUUUCGUCAAUCCGCGGAAGGACUGGGGUAAACCGCCAUGAAAGCAGUCGAUCUCGACUUUUACAGAACGAAAAUCAACAACAACCAGUUGAUCACUGGAUACAGGAAAAAUUAUUAUAUACGAAGAAAACAUGCAGAAUAAUUUUUCUUGAUGUGAAACUAUUUCCACAUUCUACUCUUUGUGCUUUAUUUAGGCUGUAGCACAUUGGCUUCGAAGUG